AUGAUUUAUUGCACCUACUACAUCACGGACUCGACCUUCCAGCAGUUGUUGCUUUCGCAACGCAAACUCGAAAGUAUUCAAGUUGAUACUACGUUUACGAAUCUUGACCAGACAAGCGACUCUCACUUUCUGUUUCACGACUAUCACUCAUGGACAGCCUCGAUGAUGUCCGAAGUGAAGCAGAUAAAAUUUGAUAUCGGUAUGGAGGAGGAUGGACAAGCCGAGGAGACCUUCAGAAUCUUGCGCAAAGCCUUCGAUGAAUGCCCACGACUAGAAAACCUCAUAUUGAUCGACCCAAUGGCGUUCCAAGACUCUCUACAGGAUAUACUCUCCUACGCAACUGGAGGCCAACUAUUCUUCCAACUCACAUCUGUGACCUUCGAAGGAUUAAAUCUCGUGCCAGAUCGCUCACGGCCAUUCUGUCACAACUUUAACAUCACGAACUUGCAGCAGAUGAAUCUUAAGUUAUGCGAAAAUGUUAUUCAAUUUCUGGACAGCCUGACCAAGUCCUACUCUGAGAUGUCUGGGGCGCUGAAGGUGCUGUCAAUCGAGCUGCUAGAAGACGAUCCUACGCCAUUGGAAACCACAAGCUCUAUUGAGGGGUUUCUCAAAGCCUGUCCCAAACUUAAGGACCUCUGUCUAGUGCUUGCUACAUGCCCCCUUGUAGGCAAAGACUAUCUCUUGUCUCACGCGGACACACUGCGUUCGCUUGUCGUUAGCACCUGGGGGCCUGAGCAGCGCGUAUACUCAAAACAGGAUCUAGGAAGCAUCUUAAAGGCCUGCAAAAGGCUUAAAUGUCUCGCGAUCAACUUCCCGCGGAUCAGGCUGGGGUCUGUCACCAAGCCAGGUCGAGAUCUCCGCUUCAAUGAGAGUGAAGAGGGCGCCGAGGGCCUUCUGUCCUACAAUUCAGUCAUGCAGAGCUUUGCCAACCAGGUCUUUCGCUACAUGGCGCAGCACGGCACAUCUUUAAAGGUCUUUCACGUCGAAGCUGAGAGUGUGUUUGGAAAUUCAGCAGACCUGACCGUUGUUCCGGUGUUUCAUAGCUGGCAUGAUUUCACUCACAUCAGCGGAAAUGUCCAAGACGGAUCUGGCAUUGAUGUAGCAGUGCGAGUGCCAUUGGAGGCUGCGCGCAGAGAGUUUCCCAGCGACUUCAUCAUACAGAACUUUGCCAGAAAAGGAUCGCAUAUCUAG